AUCUGGUCGCUGCCUUUGCGUCUGAUGCACUCCGGCUGGCCGGCGCGCAACGGCCCUCUGCUCUCACUACCACCAUCGACGCACCGCCACUGCCACCGCCGCAUCGCCGUUCCCUGCAGCGACAAGCGUCGCCGAACACCAUCGCCAUGUCUGCCGAGGUGGGCACACAGUGCGCGCCGCAGCUGCCGCCGGGCCAGCAGCACUCGCUCGAGGUCUGGGUCAAGGUGCCGCCGCCUUCGGGCGAUGAGGCCGCAGCCGCCGGACGGCGCCGGCUCGGCCUGACGCACGCGAGCGACAACAGCGUACGCUUCUACCACUUCGCUUUCCUCUACCUCCACGAGACGCUCGGCGUUGGCGAUGCCGACUCGGCCAGGCUGCAGUCGAUGCAUGAGCGCGCUGAUGACCCCAGAUUCGCCGCACGCGCUCGCGACGGGCUGUACGCGUUCCUGCCCUAUCGCCACACGAUGCUGGCGCCGGCAGCUGCAAGCUGGACCCUGGGCGACGCUGCGCUGCUGCCCGUGGCGCACCUGCUCGGCAUCAUCGCCGGCGACGGCAGCGAGGACGGUGCUCCAGGAGCAGGUCGGGCCGCUCAAGCCGUACGCCCUGCGCCGCCGCCCGGCCGAGCUCGAUCUCGCGCGCUUGACGGUGGAGUUCAACCGCGACUCGAACCACGCCUCGAGCCCACUGUCACUUGCGCAGAGAGACCUGGCAACUCUGUCGCUGGCGGCUAUGGCGCGCCAAGCUUCGAGCACGAGCAUGCAUGAGACAAGCUCGACUUGGACUGUCACCAUCACAGAAGAUCAGCUCCGCAAGUUCGGCGGCGCGACCGGCUCGCGCUUCCCUCUGCCUGCCAUCGUCUAUCCUGUGCGUGCUCCCCAGGACCGGAAGGCACGCGGCGAUCUACGGCAGAGCCUGUGGGACUUCUUCGAGGAGCGUGAGGCCAUGGGCGCGCGAGUGCUUCGCCUGCCCGGCGAGGAGCGCAACGAUGGGCACUGGUCCGGCCGUGCGUGCAGUCUCAGCGGCGCAGAUCUCGACUCCUGCGAUGCCAGCCAUUUCGUGCCCCAGAAAGUCGGUCCCGCGAUCUUCGCCAACGCCAUGACCGCUCUGCGCGACGCGCCUCAGAACGUCGAGGGCGCAGAGCACCUUGAGCGUAACGAGAUGCCGCUCCUGGACUCGCGCCAUCUCUCGGCUCUCACGCUCGGAGGAGCGCCCGUCUCGCCAGACUGCAUCAGCGCGGCCGUCAACGGCCUGUUCUUGCGCAUGGAUCUGCACAGGCACCUCGACAUGCACACCAUCGUCUUCACGUCCAGCCUCCGCUGCGCGCACAUCACCAGGCCGCGAGCCCGAGCUCAGCAGGGCGAGCCGAUUGGACGCGAUCGUGCGAUCCUCGAGCCCAUCUCUGGAAAGGAGACAGUGCACCACACUCAGAUCGCCGCCAUCCACCUCGCCUCUCUCGGCGCGAUGAGCGCCUUGUACCUGUCGAGUCAUCUUUGCAAGGACUUCGCCGAUCAAGGCGCGAAGCGGGCCGCAAGUCACCUUGGGCUCAGCUCGCGUGCGGCCAAGGUGGUCCGGUUCGACGAUGCCACCUCCAGCGCAGGCGAGGGCGACGGUCCCACGGAUGUAGGACAGUCGCAGGACGGCAUGGGCGUGGUUGACGAGUCGGGCGGUGAAGAUUCGGAAGAGUUCCUCAGCGAGGAAGAGCGAUGGCAGAAGGCUUUGCGCCAGCGUCAGGCGGAAGAGGAGCAGGAUGGCCUUGGCGCAUACCGCUUUGCUCUGUUCAUGGUGGCGGCGCACCAGAAAUUGAAGACGGCUAGAUGAGAGGGGCGCACGGCUGCACAGGGACACGAGGGGGCGAGCUGGGCCCAAGGAGAGAAGGAGCAGGAGGGCGAGCGACAAUAUAUACAUUUCUA